AUGUUUAUCCUGAACUGGUUCUGGGAUGUUCUCGCGCAGCUGGGUCUGCUGCACAAGAAUGCGAAGAUCCUCUUCCUCGGCCUGGACAAUGCUGGAAAGACGACACUCCUGCACAUGCUCAAGAACGACCGCCUGGCUACACUCCAGCCCACACUUCACCCCACGUCCGAGGAGCUCGCCAUCGGGAACGUGAAGUUCACCACACACGAUCUCGGCGGUCACCAGCAGGCUCGCCGCCUCUGGCGUGAUUACUUCCCCGAGGUCGACGGCAUCGUCUUCCUCGUCGACACGGCCGACUACGAGCGCUUCCCCGAGUCCAAGGCCGAGCUUGACGCCCUCCUCGCCAUCGAGGAGCUCGCCAAGGUGCCCUUCCUUAUCCUCGGCAACAAGAUCGACGCACCCGGCGCUGUCAGCGAGGAGGAGCUUCGCCACCAUCUUGGCUUGUGGCAGACUACGGGCAAGGGCAAGGUCCCUCUCACCGACAUCCGCCCCAUCGAGAUCUUCAUGUGCUCCGUUGUACAGAGGCAGGGUUACGGCGAGGGCUUCCGCUGGUUGUCGCAAUACGUUUAG